AUGUACUCAUCAUGGAUCUCAGGGAGAAAAGAUGAGUUUAAGAAUGCAGGGAGAAAAGAUUUUAGGAAUGAAGGGAAAAUAUAUGAGUUUAAGAAUGCAGGGAGAAAAGAUGAAAUUAAGAAUGCAGGGAGAAAACAUGAGUUUAAGAAUGCAGGGAGAAAAGAUGAGUUUAAGAAUGCAGGGAGAAAAGAUGAGUUUAAGAAUGCAGGGAGAAAAGAUGAGUUUAAGAAUGCAGGGAGAAAAGAUGAGUUUAAGAAUGCAGGGAGAAAAGAUUUUAGGAAUGAAGGGAGAACAUAUAAUUUUAAGAAUGCAGGGAGAACAGAUUUUAAGAAUGCAGGGAGAAAAGAUUUUAGGAAUGAAGGGAGAAAAGAUGAGUUUAAGAAUGCAGGGAGAACAGAUUUUAAGAAUGCAGGGAGAAAAGAUUUUAGAAAUGAAGGGAGAAAAGAUGAGUUUAAGAAUGCAGGGAGAAAAGAUGAGUUUAAGAAUGCAGGGAGAACAGAUUUUAAGAAUGCAGGGAGAAAAGAUUUUAGGAAUGAAGGGAGAAAAGAUGAAUUUAAGAAUGCAGGGAGAAAUGAUGAGUUUAAGAAUACAGGGAGAAAAGAUGAGUUUAGGAAUGCAGAGAGAAAAGAUGAGUUUAAGAAUACAGGGAGAAAAGAUGAGUUUAAGAAUGCAGGAAGAAAAGAUGAGUUUAAGAAUAUAGGGAGAAAAGAUGAGUUUAUAAAUGCAUGGAGAAAGGUUGAAAGUAGUUUUAAUGAAAAAAAAAGAUGA